GUGGGCGCUCGGAGGAUGAAGGCGGACGGUCGGAGCGCUGGUGUGUGUAUUGUUUCUGAAUGAAAAGCAAGAAUGUGUAAAUAAUCGAUCGCUGCAUGUGUGGAGAGAGAGAAAGUCUUCAGGUUUGGUGUAAAUGUAUGUUUUCAGUGAUGAUGUGCUAGCCGGGAGGAAAGUCGGAUCGGUUGUAGUUCAGGCCUCGGUGCUGUAGCGCUACUAGAUUUGAACAAUAGCCGGUGAGUGCGCUCAUCUCUCCGGCUCCUCUGUCUCCAUGUAAUUCACUCAUCUGUCGGAUAAAACGGCUUUUAUUCACUGAUCUCUCACGUCCUGCGCACUGCACAUGGAACGCAAAGUUUGAUCUGGUAACCGCAGUCAAGGAAAUCAUCUUUAAUUUGAUCAUCACAUCAGCAGCGUUGGGAGACACAAUAGAGGAAAAAUGUCCAACGGUGCGGGGAGCGGAGGGCUGAACUGGGUGACCCUCUUUGACAAGAACAAUGCCUCCAAGAAAGAAGAGGCAAACGGCAAAGAUGGAAGAGGCGAACCGGCAAAAAAGGAGGGUUCCAAAAAGUUAUCUGUGGAGCGUGUGUACCAGAAGAAAACACAGCUGGAGCACAUCCUUCUUCGUCCAGACACCUACAUCGGUUCAGUGGAGCCUGUCACUCAGCUAAUGUGGGUUUUCGACGAAGAGAUUGGAAUGAACUUUCGAGAGAUCACUUACGUCCCUGGAUUGUAUAAAAUCUUUGAUGAAAUUCUUGUUAAUGCAGCUGACAACAAGCAGAGAGACAAGAACAUGAACGCUAUUAAAAUCACCAUCGACCCGGAGUCGAACACAAUCUCGGUUUGGAACAACGGUAAAGGAAUCCCUGUAGUGGAGCACAAAGAGGAGAAGAUGUACGUUCCUGCGCUGAUCUUUGGACACCUGCUCACCUCUAGCAAUUACGACGACGAUGAGAAAAAAGUCACAGGUGGAAGGAACGGUUAUGGUGCUAAGCUCUGUAAUAUAUUCAGUACCAAGUUUACAGUGGAGACGGCCUGCAAAGAGUACAAACACAGUUUCAAACAGACAUGGCAGAACAACAUGUCAAAAACCAGCGAUCCCAGGAUCAAGCACUUUGACGGCGACGACUUCACCUGUGUUACAUUCCAGCCCGAUCUCACCAAAUUCAACAUGGAAAAGCUAGACAAGGACAUCGUGGCUUUGCUGACGCGUAGGGCCUACGAUGUCGCCGGUUCGUGCAGAGGUGUUAAGGUGUCACUCAACGGCAAGAAGCUGCCGUUGAACGGCUUCCGCAGCUACGUGGACCUGUACGUGAAGGAUAAGCUGGAUGAGACGGGCGUUACACUGAAAGUGGUAAAUGAAGUAGUGAAUGAGCGCUGGGAGGUUUGUCUCACCAUGAGCGAAAGAGGCUUCCAGCAAAUCAGUUUUGUUAACAGCAUCGCCACUACAAAGGGUGGCAGACACAUUGAUUACGUUGUGGACCAAAUAGUGUCGAAACUCAUUGAGGUGGUGAAGAAGAAGAAUAAAGCCGGAGUCUCAGUAAAACCUUUUCAGGUGAAGAAUCACAUCUGGGUGUUUGUGAACGCUCUGAUUGAGAACCCAACCUUCGACUCUCAGACGAAGGAGAACAUGACCCUUCAGACCAAAAGCUUCGGCUCCAAAUGCGUUUUCUCAGAAAAGUUCAUACGAGCAGCCACAAACUGUGGAAUUGUGGAGAGCAUUCUCAACUGGGUGAAGUUCAAGGCUCAGACACAGCUGAAUAAAAAAUGCUCGUCAGUCAAGCACAGCAAGAUCAAAGGAAUUCCUAAACUGGACGAUGCUAACGACGCUGGUGGAAAGCAUUCGUCUGACUGCACUCUGAUUCUGACUGAGGGGGACUCGGCCAAAUCGUUAGCAGUGUCAGGGUUGGGAGUGAUCGGGAGAGACCGUUAUGGAGUGUUUCCCCUACGAGGUAAAAUCCUCAACGUGCGGGAGGCCACACACAAACAGAUCAUGGAGAACGCAGAAAUCAACAACAUCAUAAAGAUUGUAGGCCUGCAAUACAAAAAGAGCUACGAUGACGCAGAGUCGCUAAAAUCUCUACGCUACGGAAAGAUCAUGAUCAUGACUGAUCAGGAUCAAGACGGUUCUCACAUUAAGGGCCUGCUUAUCAACUUCUUCCACCAUAACUGGCCAUCACUGCUGAAGCACACAUUUCUGGAGGAGUUCAUCACCCCUAUCGUCAAGGCUACGAAGAACAAACAGGAGGUUUCCUUCUACAGCAUUCCAGAGUUUGACGAGUGGAAAAAGCAAACAGAAAAUUACAAAACAUGGCACAUCAAGUACUACAAAGGUUUGGGUACCAGCACAAGCAAAGAGGCAAAAGAAUACUUCGCCGACAUGGAUAGGCAUCGGAUUAUGUUCAAGUACGGAGGCACGGAGGAUGAUGCUGCCAUCACUUUAGCUUUCAGCAAAAAGAAGACGGAUGACAGAAAAGAGUGGCUCACUAAUUUUAUGGAAGACAGGCGGCAGAGGAGGCUGCACGGUCUACCAGAGCAAUUCCUGUACGGGACUGCGACACGGCACUUGUCUUACAAUGACUUUAUCAACAAAGAGCUGAUUCUGUUCUCCAACUCGGACAAUGAGAGAUCAAUUCCAUCUCUUGUUGACGGUCUAAAGCCGGGCCAGAGGAAGGUGCUGUUCACUUGUAUGAAGAGAAAUGAUAAGAGAGAAGUUAAAGUGGCUCAGCUGGCUGGUUCGGUAGCGGAGAUGUCUGCAUACCAUCAUGGCGAGCAAGCUCUUAUGAUGACCAUCGUAAAUUUGGCCCAGAACUUUGUCGGCAGCAACAACAUCAACAUCCUGCAGCCCCUCGGUCAGUUUGGAACCCGAAUCAACGGUGGCAAAGAUGCAGCUAGUCCCCGUUACAUCUUUACCAUGCUCAGCCCAUUAGCUAAGCUGUUGUUCCCAGCUGUGGACUCCAACCUGCUGAAGUUCCUUUACGAUGACAACCAGAAAGUAGAGCCUGAGUGGUACAUUCCCAUAAUCCCUAUGGUGCUGGUGAACGGAGCUGAAGGCAUCGGGACUGGCUGGGCCUGCAAGAUCUCCAACUACGACCCCCGUGAGAUCGUCAACAACAUCAACCGCAUGCUUGAACACCAGGAUCCUUUACCUAUGCUGCCCAGAUAUAAGAACUUCAAGGGAGUGAUCCAUGAGCUAGGUCAGAACCAGUAUAUGGUCAGUGGUGAGGUCUCCGUCCUGGACAAGAACACAAUUGAGAUCACAGAGCUUCCGGUUCGCACCUGGACUCAGGCAUACAAGGAGUCAGUGCUGGAGCCCAUGCUCCAAGGAACAGAGAAGACCCCGGCACUCAUCAAUGACUAUAAGGAGUACCACACGGACACCACGGUGAAGUUUGUGGUGCGCAUGACUGAAGAGAAGCUUGCCCAGGCUGAGGCAGCAGGUCUCCACAAGGUCUUCAAGCUGCAGUCUUCGCUCACUUGCAACUCAAUGGUGCUGUUUGAUCACAUGGGCUGUCUGAAGCGGUAUGAUUCUGUGAACGACAUCCUGAAGGAGUUCUUUGAGCUGCGUUUGCACUAUUACAAACUGAGGAAAGACUGGCUGGUUGGCAGCCUGGGUGCAGAGUCGGCAAAGCUCUCCAACCAAGCGCGUUUUGUGCUCGAGAAGAUUGAAGGAAAAAUUUCAAUUGAAAACAAGAGCAAGAAGGAUCUGAUCCGAAUGCUGGUACAGAAGGGCUUUGAAUCGGACCCAGUAGCAGCUUGGAACAAAGCUCAAGAGAAGGCAUUAGAGGAAGAGGAUCGUGAUGGAAACGAGAGUGACAGCUCGGUGGACUCCGGCUCUUCAUCGGGUCCCAACUUUAACUACAUCCUCAACAUGCCCCUGUGGUGCCUGACCAAGGAGAAGGUGGACGAGCUUCUAAAACAGAGGGACGUCAAGAAAGCCGAACUGAAGGAUGUACAGAAGAAAUGUUCGGAGGAUCUGUGGAGGGAAGACCUGGCCGUGUUUAUUGAAGAGCUUGACAGGAUAGAAGAGCUGGAGCGAGAGAAUGCCAGCAUGGGGAAGGGAGUGAAGCUGGUUAAGGGCAAGGUUGGCAAACCUAAGGUGAAGAAGAUCCAGUUGGAAGAGACACUGCCGUCGCCUUUUGGCCGGCGAGUGGAGCCCCAGAUCACUCAGGCAAUGAAAGCUGAUGCUUCCAAGAAGAUGACCAAGAGGAAGAAGGGUGAUGGGGAGACGGCAGUAAAAUUUGAGUUUGAUGAAGAUGGCAUGGUGGAGGCAAACGGUGCGGGAGACGGCUCCCUUAUCUCUCCGUCCGGCCUGCCCAACCCUGGAGCCAAACCCAAAGCGCCCCGUGUUAAAAAAGAGAAAAAGGAACCUGGCGCUCCCAGACAGAGGAAGGCUCCAGGCUUAACGAAAAGUCCAGCUAAGAAAGUAAAGAAGAGGAACCCCUGGUCAGAUGACGAUGAUGAGAAAUCAGAUGUCAGCGACCUGGAAGAGAUGGAGCAGCCGGUCAUUCCCAGAGACACCACGUCCAGGAGAGCGUCAGCUGCAAAGGCCAAGUACACAUUUGACUUCUCAGAGGAGGAGGAUGAAGACGAUGCAGACGAAGAUCAAGAAAACGAGCCAGCUUCCUCUCCAGUCCACUCCUACAAGGAGAACGUAGCUACUGCACAAAAUAACGACGAUGAGGACGACGACUUUGACGACAUAUUCCCUCCUAAACCAACGUUAACGACUACCACCACAGAUGCCAAGAAGAAGGAGCCAGCAGGUGUUUUCACUUCCUCCAAACCUGCUUUCUCUGAGAAGAGCAGUGACAGCGAAGCGAAGUCCGACAGUGACGAUGAAAAAGAUGUGUUCUCGUCCUACUCCAGCAGUUCAGCAUUUGAAAAACUCUCUCCAGCUAAGAAAGCCAAGAAGCCUGCAGAAGCGGCUCCUAAACCACGGAAACCUCCAGCCAAACCCAAAAAGCCUGACGCAUCAAUCUGGGAAUCGGACUCAGACUCGGCAGCUAAGAAACCUUUGGCAGCACCUAAAGGUCCAGGCAAAGGCAGGGGGAGGAAGAGGAAACAGUCAGACUCCGAGGAAGAUUACAACCCUGUAAAAAAGACUGUAAAGGCUCCAGUUAGUAGAAAGUCGAAGAAGGCAGCAUCAGACGACGAGGACGAAGAAGUGAACAGCAAAAGUUCCGGUCGUAUGGACUCGGGACGGGAUCGAGCCGGCCGAGCCAAGAAAGAUGUCAAGUACUUUGCAGAGUCUGACGAUGAAGAAGACGACGAUGACAUGUUCGACUAGGCAGCAAACAAAACACACACUCACACAAUCGCUUAAAUCUCGUCCUGUCCUGCAGACUUUUGUACAUUUUUUCACCUCCUGUUUUAUUUGACUUUAUUUGUGAUGCUUUUUACUGUGUAGUUGUUUUACAUGUCAUUUUUUAUUAUUAAUAUUAUUCAUCAAACUGUAUUUGUCAUAAACAGCUUUUAGAAAUGUAGACUGCGGUGCUUCAGCACAUUUUAACUGUUAAAAUAAACAUUGUACCUUUUCAUGAAGUUGGAAAUAAACAUGAUGUAAAG